AUGUAUAUCGGAGCCGGCGACAGAGGAUAUCGGCUCACACGACGCAAGGAUAUUGCAGAACAGAGAAAUUCGUCUGUAUGGCAGGCAGACCACUCGGGCAUGCCAGACCAAAUCAUUGUCGUCAAAAUAAUCAAGACUACUGGCAGCAAAGAGAGGGACGCAAUCCAGGCUACUGAAGCCUGGAUCCAUGAAAAGGAGGUCCAUUCAUCUCUCGGGGAUCAUUCGGCCAUACUUCGCAUGCUCGGCUCUGAUGCCCGUUUCCACAGUAUUUAUACUGAGCACGUCGACGCCCAAUCGCUCUUGUGCCAACGACAUCGAGUCAGUGAUCACUUCAGCGGGAACGCCGACGCGCAAAGGAUCUUGGCUGAUAUGGCCUCGGCACUGUAUUUUAUCCAUCGUAAUAGUAUCGUACACAACGAUAUCAAGCAAGGAAAUAUCUUGUAUAGCCCCGGUCGUGGUGCCGUUUUGAUUGACUUCGGCCUCAGUUUCCGGGAUAGCAACCCUUCCUCGGGUGGUGGCACGCCGUGGUAUCUGCCACCCGAGUUUUUGCGGAACUGA